CAAAAAAAAUCAUUAUUCUCCCGAAAAUGGCCGCUUCAGGAGGAAAUAUUGAAUGGUCGACUACUGUAAAACCAAUUUUAACAGCUCUCUACGGGCCAUUUUUUGACAAAAAUGACGCCGUGGAGAUAAUACAAGCUAUCCUCAAGAGUGAAACUGAAUUCCAAAACCAUGAAGACAUCUACGACUUGUUCUACACAUGCUUUGCCUGCCUCUCUUCACAUUUCAUCAGUGUUAAUGCAGCCAAUUUACCAACAGAUCAGCUGAAUACAGCCAGAGAUGCAUUCAGGGUGGUCUUACGACAGAUCCUCAAGAAGCUCUCUGAGGCCGGAUUGAACUGUGACGAUACAGCAACUACUGCUGCACCUAAUAUUUCCAUUAAACAGCUGCUUCUGCCAAUCGUAGGACUAUGUGGCAUUGAAGGAGGGGGUUACCCUCAAGCAGACCUAGUAAUAUUGACAUCUCUACUAAAGAGUGCAAAACUUCCAGCUCAUGUUAAUGUACCAGACUCCCAAACGACGAAAUCCUCGGUAAUUCCGAGCCCGAUCACAUCAUUGGCGUCUCAAGCCACGACAACUGAGAAGCAGCCGCCAUCGAAUGCCCAGAGGCGUUCUGACGCGUUGCUAGAACAACUGACGACCCCGCUGCGUAACCCUGUGGGUUCGGUGGCGACACCGCAGGCGCCGUCGGCUACGGCCGUCCUGUCGCCGGGAAGUAAAGACAGCUUGGAGAGCGCUAAGGAUGGGAAUAACACACAACAUGCCCUUAUUGAUAUGAAGAAAUGGGUAGCCUCAACAUGCAGCUCGCUACUGAUGGAGUUACGCGCCGGCUCCGUGUUGNUGAUGGAGGGACGCGCCGGCUCCGUGUUACUGAAUGUGAGCGCGUCGCUGCCGUGCCUGCAGCGCUACCUGGACCGCUGGCAGAGCGCCAAGGAGACCGCUAUGGCGCCCCAGUUCAACUCCGACGCGUCGCUGCUCCAUUUCCUCGUGAACGAAGUACACGUAUGCCGGCUGGCGUUGUCUCUGCCGUGCCUUGAGCCGCUUACAUCUGACCGCAUCGCUACGCUGAGUGACGUCAGCGCAGCCUGGCUGCUGUGUGCCACUGCCCAGGCUUCCCUUCAUCCAAAAGACGAAGAAAGUGAACAACAAACGGCGACAUUGGUUGAGAGCGCACUCAGCCUCUAUAACUCUGUUGGAGAGAUAUUCAAGCAAUCCACUCGCGCUGGAGGAUACGUAUACCAAAAUCAUCUCAUGAUCGGUGGGUGGGUGUUGCUUUGUGGGCUUCACCACGCGCUGGCAGGCGCCCCUUGCCCUACGACCGCGCCUGGAAAGAGCCCCGCUAAGGUUCCUUCGAGGCCCUACAAUCUGACUAAAAUGCAACAAGGUCUCGGCGUGGUGUGGGUGGCCCUCGGCGGCAAGUGCCUCUCGUGGGUCGGCGCCUUACUAUCUGACGCGCGGCUGGAAGCAUUGAGCAGCGGCGACGGCUCGCAGGCCACUCCCGCGCCGCUGCACAUCCUGGCGCAGCACACGGCGCACCAACGGGAGCUGCGGCUCGCUUCUGCCGCGCCGCUGCAUCAGUUGUUAGUGGCCCUGGGCGUAGUGUGCUACCGCAAGGCCACGAAUCUGAAGCGAGCGGUGGUGCAGAAGCAACACCAGGACGCCGACCCCGACCGUUCCGACUCCACCGUAUACUUCCAGGACAUGAUACUUUGCUCGGAGGAUUCUGAGACAGAUGACGACAGCGAACCCCUCUUCGGGUUAUGGUUCGAAUCGACCCUGGUGGCGCCAGAUAUUACUGACAAUAGCGGACUAGUCCGCGCUGCCGCCAGCGACAGUCAAGAUGCGAGCGACACGCCCGCGCGCGCUCACCAGGCCAUAGUGCCGGAUAAAGCUGAGCCGUAUUCCUACAUAACACUGGCUACUGAAGUAUUCACCCUGCUCACUGAGGAGAUCAUCAGCGAGGGCGCAGAGCGUCUCGGCUCGGGCUCACUACAAUUACACGAAGCGCACCAGGCGUUGCUAGCCGCCCUCGCCAAGGAUCUGGACCGGGAGACCGCGAGGACUGAUACCGGCACAAUCUCAUCCUGCUUCGGCGCGCGUCUAGGCGGCCUCUACGGCUCGUUCAGUGCCUCGCUAGUUCGCUACCUGCACAAUCUAACAGGCGCUCCCGCAUUUGCCUCGCUGCAGCCGGCAUUACACCAGCAACUGGUCGCUGUCGGCUCUGACCGCACCAAUAUGACUCCGCUACAGGUUGGACCUCGCGUGGUGAAGUUACUGGGAGGCAUGGUCCUCAGCAAAGCGGCUGCCGAACGCGAGAAUAGCAUCCUAGCUAUGUGGCACAAGAUCGUCAACACGCUGCAGGAGUGCGCGCUCCAACCGCUGCCUUCACAGGACCACGAUUAUGAAGAUCUGAAUGUGGAGCACGCCCAACUGUUGGUGUACUUAUUCCAUUCGUUGACGCUCAUGCAAAAGAAGUCUGUCCUACUUAUGACGUCUAACGCUAUUAUCAAGGUGGUAGAAACUUUGUCGAUAAGCGAUAGAAGACGAGCGACGAACUUGGCGCCUCACCAGUUGAUGCUGACCACGAGACUGAUGCUUCUCUUGGAGUAUCUUAUGAGACACUUGUACGAUGCACCUCAAACUCUGCUGCAACAGAUCGAAUGGAACCUUGUCAUAGCGCCCGGACUCGCUCAGCCUUCGAACGAUCCGAACACAAAUGGUGCCAGGGUGAUGACAGAAAAUGGACAGAUGAAAGCGCGCAUCUACUGCGAAGUGCCGUACAUCGAGCAAGCUUACAGAGAACUUUCGCAAGACGAAAGCUCGAUGAGACCCAAGUUCUACGCUCUGACUAAUGCAGAGAUCAACAACCAGGAGAACCCCAAAUUCGACGGACUAGCAUGCAACUUCGUGCUAGGCACACCGCACAAGCUGAAGUAUCCUCUACUGCUGGACGCUUUGCUGGCUCUACUGAACUCGUCGUGUGUUUGUGACAACCCGCUGUACCAAACAGCGCCGGCUGCCCUGGCCGCCGCUCAUUACUGCUUCCAGACUGCUUGGAGGCUAGUUAUCAGCAUGCCGCCGGCCACUCCUCACAUGGAUAAGCUUCAAGCUGGCACGACAGCUGAUCUUCCGUCGCCGCUGCCUUUGCACGCAGUCAUCUGGGCGCCGCGCGCAGAUAAUAAAAAGGUCUUCAACCCCUGGCUGAAGGACGCGCUCGUCAAACAGGGAAUGUACACACAGUAUGCUGAAAACUUGCUUGCCGGCGUAAGCGCGUCUUGUGACAAUAUGAAAUACACCGCGUGGCUCGCAUCAGAAUCUAUCAAACACUUGAAAGCGAAUAUUACUACAAGCGGACUUCCUUCGCUCUUGGACGUGAUAUCGUGCGACUCGGCACUCGUGCGGCUGAAGAUGUGUCUUGCUGACACCACGGCUGCGACUGACGCCGCUCAGUUCAUGCCAGACUUACUCGAUCUUAUGGACACGAUGAUAGAAUGCUGCCGCGUUAGCGCCUCAGCGGAUCUAGAAGGCGCUCCCGAAUCCAGCAGCCAGGCGUUCUCGCCGGUGUGGCACGCGAUACUCAAAGUCUGCGGCGGCUGGGGCGGCUGGAGCGAAGCCGACGGCGGCGGGCCUCCUUUGUCCGCGUGGUUACGUGCUGACUUUUCACGCCAGGCGGCCACUGCGCUCGACCACAUGUCGUCACCUCCACCGCUAGCUUGCAUCAACUUGGCAUUCUACGCGUCGCACAUCAUCCCAUCAGAAAGCGCAGUUCUAAACCUGGUCUCCUCCCACUGCGAGCUGAUCAGCGCCAACAGCAAGUACUCCAUCGGGCCGUCGCUGAUGAUGCUGGCCUACUCCGCCGCGAAGCUCCUGGAGGUGGGCGCCGGCCGGCUGGCCGAGAGCCCGGAGCUGACGCAGAAGACGCUGGACCUGAUCAUACCGGCGCUGACGGACGGCCGCCUGCACUUCAUGACCGGCCCCCUAUCCGUGACGCUGAACACGCUGGUGCCGGUAGCGCAGCGGGCCCAGCAGCUGAUACACGAGCACGUGCUCAAGGUCACGUACUCGGUGCUCGUCGAACAUCUACAGCCGGCCAAUGAGCGCACCUUGAGGCAUAUAGUUAAAUACUGGGAGAAAGUUCUGGAUCGCCCAUACGGAAGACUGGCUUACGAGAACGUGUUUGCUGAAAAUACUCCAUUUUUCUUGGGGAAGGUUCUACUGUCCGCACCCAACUGCAGAAAAUUUGUUUCAGCUGAUAGAGUUAUCAAGCUCUUCGUCAAGAUCUUCAAUGGAUGUGAGAGCAAUGAGCUUAACAGCGCUCUCUGCAUAUCCGUGUGCAAAUUCAUCGGCGUGGCAGACCAAAUGAGUCUGUCCAGUCUUCUGUCUUACAUCUGCUUGAGAGCUCCUAUUUUCAUCCCAGUUAACGACACGCCGACGGAGACGGAACUACUGACGCCCACAUCGUCAGCGCCAGAAGCGGGAGGCAACCCUGCUUCGCUUGCGCUGCGGAACGCGCUUCGAAGCGUCUUCCGGACCGACAGCUCGGCGACGCAACGCAACGACACGCCCGCGCAACGCAACGACCCGGACUUGCCUGUGUUUGAUACGCCAUCCCCAGCGCCACGUGCACAAUCAGAUACGGCUCAACAGUCAGAAAGCUGCAGCUGGUCAGAUGGCAGCAAGGAGAGCGCCGCGGCCGCGCCGGCCGCCGCUCCGCCUACUGACAACUCUCCGUCGCCAUUGUCUGACGCAACAGAUAAUAACGCCGCACUGCUCUCGGCUCUGUGCAAACACAUUGUGCAGCACUGUAGUGAGGAAGUAAGUGAGCGUGUGCUGUCGACGCUGAUCGUGGUGUGCGGCGAGAGCGCGUGCUCGCCUCUGCUCCUCCGAGAGAUGUGCCGCCUGGCCGACGCACAUUCCGGCGCCGAUCACCGCCAGCUGUUCCCGGCUGCAGUGGCCUGGCUCGCCACCUGUGUUGAAACCCUGAGUAACCAUGAAGUACUAGAGAAAUUGGAAGAAGGACAGGUAGACGGCAACUUGGCGCCGGCGAUUGAGUCUGCGUGCGUUCUGCUGUCGUAUCUCACCGACGCUUUACACGCCAUCAACACAACGCAGCCUCACACAUGGCGUUCUGUCAGUCCGACGUGGGAAUCCCCUUCAGACUUAGGAUUCGACUUGGACUACACGGAUGAACAACAAGACGACGACGACACAAGCGCUGACGAUUCUGACGAAGACGCAAUGCUUCAGUACAAGCUCUGCACUUUCACGGUGACCCAGCGCGAAUUCAUGAACCAACAUUGGUACCACUGCCACACUUGCAAGAUGGUGGACGGAGUCGGCGUUUGUACCGUGUGCGCUCGCGUCUGCCACCGCGGCCAUGACGUGUCAUACGCCAAGUUCGGCAACUUCUUCUGUGACUGUGGCGCCAAGCCCGACUCAAGCUGCCAAGCUUUAGUGAAGCGCUCCGUGGCGCUAGGCGGCGCUCGCGGCGCAGCUAGCGGCGCCGGAGCAGAGGAAGCGGCGCCUGCGCCAUCGCUACGGCGUCGCCCUUCAAGCCCCGCCCCCGCCGCCCUGCUGGCCCCGCCCAGGCGCCCGGUGCUCGCUACCAACAUACAAGGAUGCCGUUCAUACCUAGUGAACUACGGCGGCUGGGGCAUAUGCCUCGAGCGCGUCAAGCGCUUGCUAGAAGCGCUGUGCGGGCCAGUACGAGCCGCGUGCGAGCGCGCCGCGCCCACCGGCGCCCACGGACGCGCCCAGCGCGCGCUGGCGCAGCUGCACUUGGGCGAGAAGAAGUUCACGCACACUGACAGCCUGAUGCUGCCUACGCUGGGCUCGCAAGAGGGCGCGUUCGAGAACGUGCGCAUGUCGUACACAGGCGAGAACGGCCAGACCAUCCGCCAGCUCAUGUCCACGCACAAGCUGCGGCGCGUGGCCAUGUGCUGCCUCGCGUCGCCGCAGGGCCGCCGCCAGCACCUCGCCGUGUCGCACGAGAAGGGAAAAAUUACAGUGCUCCAACUGUCAGCGCUGCUGAAGCAAGCUGACUCGUCGAAGCACAAGCUGACGCUGACGCGUCUGUCGUCAGCUCCGAUCCCGUUCACGGUGCUCAGCCUGAGCGGCAACCCUUGGAACGAGGACCUGCUGGCUGUCUGCGGCCUGAAGGAGUGCCACGUGCUCACUUUCAACAGCGGCGGUGCCGUAGCAGACCACCUAGUAUUGAACACAGCUUUGGAAGGCAACAACUACGUGAUCAAGGCGAUCUGGCUGCCCGGCUCGCAGACGCAGCUGGCCCUCGUGACGUCAGACUUCGUCAAGAUAUUCGACCUCAGCAAGGACCUGAACAACCCCAUGCACCACUUCUUGGUGCCUAGUGGAAAGGUGCGCGACGUGACGUUCGUGAAUCAGGACGGCAUUAUGCACAUGCUGUGCAUGAGCUCAGCAGGGCAUAUUUACUGGCAGCCCAUGAGCGAGGAGUCGCGCGCCACGCUCGGCACCUUCUACGUCACCAACACGCUGGAAGUUCUUCACCCAGAAAUACAGGAUGUCGCCGGAUUGGUGGGAGGCGGCGGGGUUUCCAUCUACUACUCGCACACUUUGAAGAUGCUCUUCUUCUCGUACGCUCAAGGCAAGAGCUUUCUGGCUCCUCUGAACACGGUCGAAGACAGCGUCAAAGGCACAGCAAUGAUAACGCUAUCAGCGUUAGCGACACAGAAAGAAGGUGGCGGCCGCGGCGGCAAGCAGGGCGGCGUGCAAUCCCUCUGCCAGUGGGCCGAGGUGCCCGGCCACCCUGGGCUCGUCACCGCCGUCAUGCAGGCCUCCAACAACCCCGUCGUGCUCAUGCUCACGCCCAACAACAUCUACGUGCAGGAGAUCAAGGUUGUGCCAGCCAAAGCCAAGAUAACCGACAUGGUCGCGGUCCGCCACUGGUGCGGCGGCGGCGGCGAGCAGAAGAGCACGCUGAUCCUUCUCUGCGAGGACGGUAGCUUGCGAAUGUACGCCGCGAGCGGCGAACAUACCGGCUAUUGGCUCGCGCCCGCUAUACAGCCGACGCACGCGCCUAGGAGGCGUCCGCGACUGCUCACACACCAUGCCAAGGGCAAGGCGCAACAGGCCACCACAAAAUCGAACUCAAACGGCACGCCACAGUUCCCGAUCGACUUCUUCGAGCAUUGCGUAGCGAUGACCGACAUCGAGUUCGGCGGUAAUGACCUCUUGCAGGUGUACAACACCGCCCAAAUCAAACACCGGCUGAACACUACCGGCUUAUACGUCGUAUCAACUAAAAUGAGUGGCUUCACCAUGGAGGUGGUAAACUCGGAUCCCAACAUGGUGAUUUGCGGUAUAAGAGUGUUGCUUGGAAGCCAAGACGUAGCCCGCACUCCUUCUUAUGUUGAAAUUUAUGGCAGAACGGUGCAGACCAUAGUGGUCCGUAACCGCUGGUUUGAUAUUCCUCUAACGCGCGAGGAAUCCCUGAACUCGGACAAAAAGUUGACCAUAAACUUUGGACCAUCCCAAGACCCCGACGGAGUCACUAUGGUAGAUUCUGUGAAGGUUUACGGCAAAAACAAAGAACAAUUCGGAUGGCCCGAAGAAAACGAAGAUCCUUCCGCGUGUCCAUCAUCUAGCAAGGUGGCUACUGAGGCCGAAGGAAGCAACGGCGCUUGGAAGCCGAGUUCCCUCGAGCGUUUGGCGUGCGCAGCGCUUGAAGCGCUUGAGUUAGGCGCUGGAGCUAACUCGAACCCCGCCAACCCGCCCGUGGUAAUGGUAGACGGCGGCGGUGAAGCCGCUAAGAACUUACUAUGCGCGCCCGCUAGUGCGCAUUUGCAUGCGCGUGUUCAGUGCUUGCUGAGAGCGCUGCAUCACAACUACUAUCAUCAAUACAAGGACCAAGCGAUUCUGAAGUACGUGUGCACGUCUCUGAAGGAGCUACGAGACACGGCCGACGCGCGUAACAUCGACCCCGAGGCGUACUUCCGGCUGGUGCUACUAGCGCGCGGCGUGGCCGUGGCGCGCCCGCACAACCUCGUCACCUUCACGGCGCCCGCGCCGCCGCGUCCGGCCAAUGGCGACUGGUCAAUAUUCUGGCGGCUGGAUCAGCUCCAACAGCAGCAACAGGACGAGCGCGAGCCGCAUCUAUGCGCUCUACUUACCACCGUACUCUGGCGGUUAGCUGGCUGCAAGAGUGGCGCUGGCCCGCCCGGCAUCCUGCAGUAUGGGCUGAGACACGCUGAGCACACGUUGCACGCGUUAGCAGACACCGUGCACGCGUUCCAGUUACACGCUGACCAGGAAUGCGUUGAAUUCGGGAAUCAAAUCUAUCUAUCCCUGUUAUUGGCUGAAGAUCAAAGCAUAAGCUUCGGCGCCAAGGCCGCACUCAUGAGAGUUCUGCGACCGCGUGUCAAGAGGCGUCGCGUAUACAUCCCAUCGCCACCUAAUACACCUGGUGCUGGGUCAUCAGUAACCACAGCUCAGCCGACCAGUUCCAUAACCGAGGCGGUGGUCUCCGAAACAGACUUCAGCACGAACCGCGACGAACAACAAGAGAACCAGUUUAUGGAAGUAGACGAUUCGCUGGAACCGAUGGUGUUGCUUGCACCUGAUGGUGGCCUAGAAGCGUUACUGGACAUUCCGCCCGACGCGGACGACGAGACAAUGGUGGAACUGGCCAUUGCGUUGUCGCUGCAAGAGCAGCCGCGACGCGCUGCGCCUGCGCCGACCGCGCCGCCGCCGCCCGCCCCUGCCUUUGGAGAUGCUACGCAUUCUCCGGCUGGGUCCGACGACGAAGGCAGCACGGCGGCGACGGACGGCAGUACGCUCCGCACUUCGCCCGCGGAAGCCCCGGGCUCCGCCGGUUCCGAAAGCAACGACAGCAUUGGCGGCGUCUCUGGACGCAGCAGCGCUUAUGGAGAGAUGUCAGCCCCGCCCACGGGGUCGAUGCCCGCUUCGAAUGUCAUCGCCGCGCCUGUUGCCAUCACAGCCGGCCCAUCCACGUCAUCGUCCCAACCAGUGGCAUCGACGUCCCGCGCAAGCGAGGCAGAGAAUGAGACGCGCAAGCUUCAUGCCUUACGUCUUUCGCUACUGUCGGCCGCUCUCGACGCGCUGCCUACGCUUAGGACGCUGCCUGGUGUCCGAGCCAUACCUUUCGUACAGGUGGUCCUCAUGUUAGCUGGAGACCUCGAUUCCAGCGUCGAAGGCGACCGUGCCGUUUUAGAACGCCUACUGGAACUUCUAGUAGCCGAACUAGACAUUCAAAACGAUGACGCAACUCCUGCCGAAGAGCGAACUGACAGACGCGAGCUUCAACUGGCGAUUAUGCGCCUUGAGCUGUUGGUGUCAGAGUUGGAUAUGCAAGGCGAGGAGACUACGCCUCCUGUGCAUGAGCGCACGAAUAGGCGGGAGUUGCAGUUAGUCAUCAUGCGACUACUCAGCGUCCUCAUGGCCCGCUGGAAGACGUCAGCCACGGGCGGGCCGGCGACUCGCGCUGAAGUCACUGGCGGCGCCUGCGCAGCGCACGUCUCGCGCUUGGCAGCGGCGGCUUUAGUCCGAGCCGGCGCCCCCCACCACUGCUAUCGAGUGCUGUCUGCGCUACUGCCUUACUGGAAGGAGAAGACGUCCAGUACUGGAACUACACCAACUGGUCAGCAGCUUUUGAAGCCACUGCCGCCUCAGCCGUUACCAGACAUGCAGCCUUUCUUCGUGAAGGAAUAUGUUAAAAGCCACGCCCUCGACGUGUUCGACAACUACCCGCAGCUGCUGAUGGAGAUGGCGCUGCGGCUGCCGUGUCAGAUCCACAAGCACUGCGACCCGGCGCACUUCGACGCGCGCUGGCGCACGCUGCUCUGCGAGUAUAUGAUGAACCAGCAGACUCCGCUCAGGAAGCAAGUCCGCAAACUCCUCUUACUUCUCUGCGGCACGCGCGAGCGCUACCGGCAGCUGCGCGACGUGCACGCGUUGGAUACGCACCUGAACGCGGCGCGCGCGCUGCUCACCACCGACCCGGCCUACGACAAGCUGGUGCAGCUCAUGGAGCACCUCAAGGCUUGCGCCGAAAUCGUCAGCGCCCGCACUGGCAACUGGCAACACACGUGCGCGGUGGAACGCCGCGAAGCUCUGGCAUGGCUCGUGACGGUGGCCCGUCGCGUGCACCCGCACGUCGCGCCCACAGUGCUUCAGCUGCUGCAAGCCGCUCUGUGCGCGCCGCCGCACCACCAGCGCCAGGAACCCAAGCCAUCAUCCGACGUCCCUGAACGUGAACGUAGUGCCGACAGUGACGCCUAUGUAUCUGACGGAUCCAAGUUCCAAGAACAGAGAGUGCCUGCUUUGGUGCAACAAAUACUCAAACAGGUGUCACAAGACGAAUUGAGAAUGUUCGUGAAGGCAUUCUUGUUGGAGACCAAUUCAACAGCCGUGCGCUGGCAAGCACACGCUUUACUCCUGGCUAUUUAUAACAACUCGUCGCAGCCGGAGCAGGCGACCCUGGUAUCCCUGCUGUGGGGCAUCUGGCCCACGCUGCCGCAGUACGGGCGCAAGGCGGCCCAGUUCGUGGACCUGCUGGGAUACUUCACGCUCAAGACGCCCAACAUCGAUACUGAGAAAUACGUCGGCAGCGCUGUAGAGUUGCUCCGCAACCAGAACCUUCUGCUCUCAUCGCACGGCAACGCCGCGUUAUAUGCCGCACUGGGCGCCUACGUGGAACUGGACGGAUACUACCUCGAGUCGGAGCCGUGUCUCGUGUGCAACAACCCGGAGUUGCCCAUGGCCACCAUCAAGCUGCCCACUAUUAAGAUCGACUCGAAGUUCACGACAACGACGCAGAUCGUUAAGCUGGUCAACAGCCACAUGAUCAGCCGCAUCAGCCUGCGCAUCGGCGACAUCAAACGCAACAAGAUGGUGCGCACGAUCAACUUCUAUUACAACAACCGGACAGUGCAGGCUGUGCAGGAACUCAAGAAUAAACCGGGCAUGUGGCACAAAGCAAAGCGCGUGCAACUCCAGUCUGGCCAAUCAGAGGUGCGCGUUGACUUCCCGCUUCCUAUUGUGGCCUGCAACCUCAUGAUGGAGUACGCCGAGUUCUACGAAAACCAGCAGGCCACAGGUGAAUCGCUGCAAUGCCCACGAUGCUCGCAAUCCGUGCCAGCCAAUCCCGGCGUGUGCGCCAACUGUGGCGAGAACGUCUUCCAAUGCCACAAGUGCAGGGCCAUAAACUACGACGAAAAGGAUCCGUUCCUCUGCCAUGCUUGUGGCUUCUGCAAAUACGCCAAGUUUGACUAUACGCUGACGGCGCGGCCGUGCUGCGCUGUGGACACCAUCGAGAAUGAUGAAGAACGCAAGAAGAUGGUGCAGACCAUUGGCGCUCUGCUGGAUAAAGCAGAUCGCGUGUACAGGCAGCUUACGGCCAACAAGCCCGUGCUGGAGUCCUUACUCCACAAGAUCAGCGAACACCGUCUAGAAGGCCGCUCCGGUGAUGAGAAUAGCAACGCAAGCAACACGUCGUUCAGCGGAGCGCAGAUCAACCGCGUCAUACAGACUCUUGCGCACAAGUACUGUGUCGAUAGCAAAGGACACUUCGAGGACCUCUCCAAGAUCAUACAGAAAGUGCUGGCUUGCAGGAAAGAACUAGUCUCGUUUGACCGGUCCCAAAGCGAGCAACUCAAAGGCGAUACUUUGCCAGUCUAUGCUGGCUUAGUGCAGAACUACGACGGGGACCUUGCCAAAGAAUCCGGCGGAGGUUGCUACGGAUGUUCGCUGGCAUGUGCCGAACAAUGUCUGACGUUGUUGCGAGCGCUAGCUUCUCAAGCGGAACACCGCACUCGCCUUUGCCGCUUUGGCCUAGUGCAAGAACUGGUCCAGCAUAACUUGCAUCGUGGAACUCCCCAGUGUCAGGAAGAGGUCCGUGCACUGAUCUGUCUGGUGACCCGAGACAAUUUGCCGGCGACAGAACAACUUUGCAACUUGCUGACUCAGCGAAUCACGCUAUCGCUAAUGGGCCACGCUGCAUCGCAAGAUCAUAACAACUCGGUGCGCCCAUUGGUUCUUUUACUGGGGUCACUCGUAAAAGUUCAAGAUUCCGUUGAGUGUUGGGAGGCGAGACUACGCUGUAUCGUCAAGCUCUGGGUUUGGUGUUGCCCUCAUCUGACUGAAGUGGCUGGCAUCGCUCCUGCGGCAAAUGCAAUCCUGAAGUCCGAUGUUCUGGCCGGAUUGCCUGGCAUCAACACAUCUUCACCGAACUCCCACCAGUUCGCGCUACAACAAGUGGGCCUGCCCUGCAUGCGGUAUAUGCACCAACUGAUGGCACCACCGCCCGCCGCCGCCGCUGCCGCCGCCGACGCCGCCGAACCUCCGAAGGAGGAACAACCUGACGUGGUAAAGGGCUUCAACCUCCUAGAGCUGGCGCGCAACAUGAAGCUCAGCAAGAAGUCGCCACCACCGCCGGCGCCGACUGGCAUGUUACCCGCUGGGAACGUCGUUGUGGACUUAGCAGCGUGGUUGGCAGGCCGCGUGCCGCACCGCUACUGGCGGCGCCUAGGCCGGGCUGCCACCGCGCCGCCUGAUACUGAGUUGCCGCCACGGGACGCGCAUCUAGCAAGGAAAUACCUGCUUCGCUGGCGUGAGAGGACACUGCUAUCGCACGGUAUGCGGCCACUAGCGCUGGAAGACGGCGGCUGGCUGCGGCCCGUGAUGUUCGACCCAAGCUCCCGCAUCGCGCGCGACACCGCCUGCCAGAUGGUGCGCUCGCUUUGCGACACCUACGAGAGGACUAAAGCUGUUCUCAUCUUACUGACAAGCUUCUUGCCUGAAGUUGGAAGCGCUGGAGAAGCUAGCGAACAAUUCUUACAACUUUACCAAAGUCUGGCUUCUGAGGCGCCAUGGAAACAGUUCCUGGCUCUACGCGGAGUAUUGCAGCAGAUUGCAGACUUAAUGACCAAGGAGAUCGAACAACUGCAUCGCCUUGAAGAGACUACUCUCACCUCUGACUUGGCGCAAGGUUACGCCCUAAAGCGUCUGACAGAACUGCUAGCCAUGUUCUUGGAACAAAGCGGGGCGCGCCGCACAUACAAAGGCCGCCUAGUGGGUGCCGUGUUGGGCGGCUACCUGUCUCUACGUAGGCUGGUGGUGCAACGAACUCGCCUCACUGAUGAUACACAGGAGAAACUGCUUGAGUUGCUGGAGGAGAUGACCACAGGUACAGAGGCAGAAACAGCGGAAUUUAUGUCGGUCUGCAUUGAAACCGUUCAGAAGUACCCGCUGCACGACUACCGCACGCCGGUGUUCAUCUUCGAGCGGCUGUGCUCCAUCAUCUACCCCGAGGAGAAUGACGUCGGAGAAUUCUUCCUAACGCUAGAAAAAGAUCCGCAACAGGAGGACUUCUUGCAGGGUCGCAUGUUAGGCAACCCGUACUCGUCCCUCGAGCCGGGAAUGGGCCCGCUUAUGCGUGACGUGAAGAACAAAAUCUGUACUGACUGCGAGCUCGUGGCUUUGCUGGAGGAUGACAACGGAAUGGAGCUACUCGUCUGCAACAAGAUCAUGUCGUUAGAUCUGCCCGUCAAGGAGGUGUACAAGAAGGUGUGGUGUACUUCCGGAGAAGGUGUCGACGCAAUGCGGGUAGUGUACCGAAUGCGAGGGCUCUUGGGCGACGCGACAGAAGAGUUUGUGGAGACGCUCAGCCAGACUAAUGCAGAGGCUGUGGACGAUGAACAAGUGUACCGCAUGGCGAAUGUGCUGGCUGACUGCGGCGGUCUAGAAGUAAUGCUGCAGCGCCUAGCCGCCAUCCAACGCGUAGGCGCGGCCCGCUCACUAUGCUCCACAUUACUCCGCCUACUGUCUCUCUGCGCGCGCGUGCGCCGCUGCGUGCGCGUGCUAACGCGUGCCGAGACGCGCGCGCUGCCAGUGUUAUUGCACGCGCUGCAUCUGGCCGCUGACGAGGAGAAGGACAUGCCGAGGGCACAUCUAGUCUACCAGUUGCUGGAGAUUAUGGAGCGCAUUCUAUCUGUAGCAGCCAGCGAAAGCUUGGAGUCAUUCCUGCAGUUCUCCCUGACUUUCGGAGGUCCAGAAUACGUCCAAGCUCUCCUCAACUGCACUGAGUGUCCAGGUAUUCGAAGCAACUCAGUCGCGCUCGGUCACCUGACGCGCGUUCUCGCUGCGCUGGUAUACGGCAACGAUCUCAAGAUGGCGAUGCUAGUCGAUCACUUCAAGCCGGUACUGGACUUCGACCGGCUGGACUCGGAACAAUGGACCGAAGAGGAGUUCCGAAUGGAACUGUUCUGUGUACUGUGCGCUAACAUCGAGAGGAACUCCAUUGGCGGUACCCUCAAGGAUUACCUGAUAUCGCUGGGCGUGGUCCGCGAUGCGCUGGAGUAUAUUGUGAAACAUGCCCCGUGUGUCAAGCCUACUUUGGUGUGCACGGACUCAGACGAGCUAAAGGAGUUCAUCAGCCGGCCGGCCCUUAAAUACAUCCUCCGGUUCCUCACUGGACUCGCUGCCGACCAUGAGCCUACUCAGAUGUUGGUAUGCGAGAAAGUGAUCCCAAUAGUCCACCGUUUGGAGCAAGUCUCAUCAGGAGAACACGUGGGGUCACUGGCCGAGAACCUCCUGGAAGCGCUGCGAUCUCAACCACAGUGUGCUGCGAAGGUGCAAGAAGUCCGAGACUUCACUAGACAGGAAAAAAAGCGUCUCGCCAUGGCCGUGCGAGAGAGACAGCUGGGCGCGCUAGGGAUGCGCAGCAACGAGCGCGGACAAGUGACGGCGCAGUGCUCGCUCACGCAGCAGGUGGCCGACCUGGCCGAGGAGGCGGGCGCCGUGUGCUGCAUCUGCCGCGAGGGCUACAAGUACCAGCCGACCAAGGUGCUAGGCAUCUACACGUUCACCAAGCGCUGCCCCGUGGAAGAAUACGAGGUGCGCGCACGCAAGACGCUCGGCUACACCACCGUGUCGCACUACAACAUCGUGCACGUCGAGUGCCACAUGGCUGCCGUGAGGCUGGCGCGCGCUAGGUAUGUCAAAACUUGGCAUUUUAACUUGAUAAUACGGUUGUACACUUGUUUUCAGAUUUUCCAAUUCUAGAGUCCUAUGUGACGU